CAACUUCCAAACCUACAUAUCUCAUUUCCACCACUGAAGUUCCCGGGGCCCUUCUCAGGUGUUGCAUAUCUAGGGUUUCUUUCUAUGGCGAACCAGAUAUACGGCUACAACCCUAGCUACGGAGGAGCCGGUCUGUACACAUCCAGGCUUACUUCGGGUUCUGUUACAGAUCCAUAUCUCUCCGAUUUGUCUUUGAUCGGUUCUUCAAGAUAUCUUAGUUCAGAAACUCUAGCGGCAACUGAUUCUUCAAAGUAUUCUGUUCUUAAUCGGGAGCCAUCAAUGUUCUUGAACCAGAACGAUGGUUUAAGAUUCUCAGGUAGCGAUGUUGGCGGAGUUGGUCCAACAGGAGGUUACUCGUCGGGCAGAAUUUCUGGCGGAAUCGGCGCAACAAUGGCAGCGACAGCGCCACAUUUGUUAUCGAGGUCGUCGUGGUCUGGUAUUGAUUUCGGUGCUUCUGUUGACCCGGUUGUCGCCGGAAUGAAGCGGCCAAGUGAAGCUCUCUACCAUCAGACUGUUCUGGGAAACCAUAACACUAUUGGGCAAAGUGAAGGUUUAUUUUCUACAAACUCUUUUGUCAAGCGUCCUAGAUACGAAAGUGCAAGCAAUUUUCCCAUUUAUCCACAGAGACCAGGAGAGAAGGAUUGUGCCCACUAUAUGCUCACAGGAACCUGUAAAUUUGGAGAUAGCUGCAAGUUUGACCAUCCUCUUUGGGUCCCUGAGGGUGGGAUUCCGGAUUGGAAAGAGGUGCCACUUGUUGCUGUUACUGAAUCUCUCCCUGAGAGACCUGGGGAGCCAGAUUGUCCUUAUUUUCUGAAGACUCAGAAAUGCAAGUUUGGUUUUAGGUGCAAAUUUAAUCAUCCAAAAGAUAAAAUAGAUUCUUCGGUUUCUUCUGAAAAUGUUGAUGCUUCAAUAUUACCUGAGAGGCCAUCUGAACCACUAUGUGCCUUCUACACGAAGACCGGAAAAUGUAAGUUUGGUGCAACCUGCAAGUUUCAUCACCCCAAGAAUAUUAAAAUGCCAUCAGCUGGACAAGAAUAUGGUAAUGAGCAGACUGAAACUGAAUUAGUGGUCAAGGAUGGUGGAACAACACCUGGAGAUGCCAACGCUGUGAAGCCAUUUGUUCCAUUCACACCAGCUUUGCUACAUAAUUCCAAGGGGCUUCCAAUUAGACCGGGAGAAGUGGAUUGCCCAUUUUACCUCAAGACUGGCAGUUGCAAGUAUGGUGGCACUUGCCGCUAUAAUCAUCCUGACAGAAACGUUAUUAAUCCACCAGUUGCUGCAGCACUUGGCCAUGCAAUUAUAACCUCCCCGGCAGCUAACUUGAAUAUUGGAGUCAUUAGUCCUGCUGCAUCUCUUCUUCCAAAUAUUGACCCCAGGCUGACACAGACAGCGCUUGGAAUGGGCUCAACUAUCUACCCUCAACGGCCUGGACAGAUUGAAUGUGAUUUCUAUAUGAAAACUGGAGAAUGCAAGUUUGGAGAAAGAUGCAAGUUCCAUCACCCCAUUGAUCGAUCAGCACCCACAGCAUCAAUGGCAAAGCAGGUCCUUCAACAAAAUGUAAAGCUAACUCUAGCUGGCCUACCAAGGAGAGAGGGUGCAAUAAUUUGCCCUUUUUACAUGAAGACUGGUACAUGCAAGUACGGUGUCACAUGUAGGUUUGAUCACCCGCCCCCAGGGGAGGCCAUUGCUAUGGCGACAGAGCGAGGAACCUCUGCAGGUGCUGGAGGUGGAGGGGAAGAGAAAGAGUCCCAAACUAUUCAGGAGCAACAGGAGUAAGUUAUCUUUUUUCCCCAAUUGUUGAGAGGGAGUGAUAUGUCGUUUCCUUUAGUUUUGUUAGAAACGGAGUUGGAUGUGGACCAUGGUCUUCCUCUACUAAAUUUUUCUGAUUCUGAUUGGUGGUGGCUUUGCCCUGCACUAGUUGUAAAAUGAGAUGGUUUUACUUUAUUUCUAUUUUCUGGCAGUACGGUGUGCUAUUGUGUGUGAGCUCUACUUCUAUAUGGGCUAAUGUCAUUUUAUUUUGUUUU